GAUUUAGCCACGUACGGUUGCAUAUAUCAGCUACAUGAGGACAUUGAUCCAAGCAACUUCCAUAUCAAGUGGUUGAAGUCUGCUUUGGAUUGAUUGUAAUUCGGGCAGCAAAAGCUACGGCUUAAAUAUCCGUCUUGGCUUUACUGAGCCUCAUUUGACUUGUUGUCGCUUAAGGAUUGAACGACGUCAUUUUGAGGCAAUGCGUUGAACUUGGUAUGUCGUGAAGAUGGAGAUCACUGUCAAUAUAUAAGACAUAUAAAGUUGUUUGAAAGGGGUUGUAUUUUACCAGCAACAUUAUCUACGAUGUAUUCAUACCUACCAUUUAUAACCGCACUUCUUUUGCCUUUCAUCUCUGCUCAAUCUGAUUCUACAGCUAGCAACGGUAGUGGACCGGGCCCUUCACAAAAUGCAACCUACUUCGAACAAUACAAUCAACAGCCCAACGCUACUGGCAGUGGCCAUUUAGUUGGUGCCAAUACAUCCGAGAUCCCCAUGACCCUAUCAUUUGUCAACUGGGAUACACGAAUUAACGUUACCGAAGUUCCUUGGACUGGCAAUCAAACUGUGACGAACACGGUGAUAUCACUCAGUGCCUCAGAUAGUGAUUUCGCCGCCAAUUCCUCAUGGGAAACUUGCGUGGUUCUCUUCACAAAUGUACCCAGGAAUGUAACGGUGAAAGGUCAAGAUGAUACCGGGGACUGUACAGCUUUGUAUUCAGACGAUUGCAUAAGCAAUUUUACAGUUGCAUAUCAGAACGCGAGAGCAUCUGCGACUUCAAGAAAUUCUACUGGUGCUUGUGGGGGUAUGCUGUUCAAUGAUAUACCAACUCAAUGUGCAGGAUCAAUACUUCAUGGGUCUAUUGCUCAAAACAUCACAUCGAACCAAACCGAUGGGUCAGCAUGGAUGUAUGAAUCCAGCGAUCUCCACGAUUCGACAAACUUGACAUUCUACGAAGAGGCAGUUACGAGAAUAUGGCCAAUUAUGUUGAUUCAAAGUCCAAGCGCCGAUUUCAAUGGAGGGGCGGGGUUCACAAAUGCUGAACUAAGUUGUCUGAGAGCGCAGAAUUUUACUAGUGGGAGCAAGGAGGUUGAUAGUGUUCCUGGAGCCGGAAACAGAUUGGUUCUUGGUGGAUGGGCAUUAUUGCUCGUGACGGGUGCUAUGGGGUUUUUGAUGUAAUCAGUAAUGUAUCAUGAAGUAAAUCCUAAUAAUCAUCAAGUUCUAUAAAUCGACUCAGCACAGACUGGAUCGGCUUUGAAAAAGAGUGGGUCAAUCCUAAUUUGAUUCCCGCCACAAACAUAGUUUCAGGCGAGAAAUAUCAUCUAACGUACA